AUGUUUGACAAAAAUCACGAUCACGUUACAUACUUCGAGAUUUGCAUUAAUCCGUCUACUGAGAUGGAAAUGUGUUUCCUGGCGCCAAAAAGACCCCUGCACAUUAUGCGGGCUUCAGCUCCUGUGGGUAUUCUUGCCCUUCUGGACGAGGAGUGUUUCUUCCCCAAAGCCACAGACAAGUCCUUUGUGGAGAAGCUGUUUAAGCAACAGGAAAACAAUACCAAGUUGUGUAAACCCGAAUUCCGCUCAGUUUCCGACUUUGGCGUCUUCCACUAUGCCGGUCGCGUGGACUAUCAGGCUGCUCAGUGGCUCACCAAAAACAUGGAUCCCCUCAACGACAAU